CACAGCACACAUGCAGCGGAGCAGCAGAAGCAAUUCAGUCAAGCAGAGACGACGGUGAUGAGGAAGUAGGAGGUAAGUCUUCAGUUUUAAGCAUAUUUGUUUUGUCAGUGGUAAGUUGAACGGUAAAAUAAGCAAUGACAAAAGUAUGUUUCCCCUCAACAUGCUUCCUAAGUUCAUUGUGUGCCUCGUGGCCUCGUAUUGAAAAGUUAACCUGAAAAAAAUAAAUAAAACUGCCGCAGCAUUAUGCUCUAUGCAGAGCUCACGCUGCUUCCCCUUUUUCUGCUGGCCUUUUUCUGGUAGACAUUCUGGAAUAUUCUCAGACAAUUUCCUCCGCUCUUCAGCUGUCUUUUCAAACUCAUGCCAUUCACCCGCAGCUCGUGAAAAAAAUAGUGCAGAAGCCGAAACAAUCGCUGCACGGCGCGGGCUGGAGCGCUGAAGCACUGCAGAAUAGGAUAACAAGGGCGACAAAUGAAGGUGGUCCCCGUUUCGCGGCGCUUCGGCAGCACACGACCGUUGUCGCAGCUGAGGACGGGCGAGGGGGGGUUGGCAACAAAGCAAUGAAACGCUGUGCAGGGAGUCCCCCCUCCUCUCCCUACCUGGGAGAGGAGUAGGGGCGGUAAUACGAGAAAAGAAACAUCCCUCUCUACAAUAGAAUAAAUCUAUUGUAUUUUUCAGCCUUAUAUUUUACAUAAGGCUUAUACAUUGCCACAUACUAGUCAUUUAACGUAUCUUAUUUUUAUUUUCCUAAUACUGUCAAUUUUGGAAAGGACCAAAACACAAAAGUGUAAAACUCAAAAGUAUUUUAAUGCUAAAAAUCAGGUGACAGAAAUAAAAUCAGGUAGCUAGGACGCUGAAACCAGCAGAGUGUGACUGAAACUGAACCGUAUGCACUGAGGAGUGAGAGAUGACAGAGGACUAGUUAGGAGGAGCUGUGAGUGGGAGCGGAGUACAGCAGGGGAACAUAGGAGGAACUAUAAAUGAAAAUAUUUUUAAAGAAGAAAGAAUCCUAAAAGGGAAAGAAGAAUAACUAGAAAAAAACCUGACAACAAACGGAGUAGAAAAUUCAGUGGAAGGAAAAAAAAAGACUUGAAUACUAAAUGAGAAAACCUUAACAGCUGGGGAACCAAACAAAAACAGAGCCAUUGGUUUUGAGCCACAAUGCCUGAUAUCAUUUAUUUACAUGAUAAUUUUUAAACUUUUAAGUAUAAAAAUGCCACAUUUGAUGUAUUUUACUUUGUCUUGGUAUCAACAGAUAUAUAACUGUCCUUUUAUGCUGAUUAUUUUAUUACAGAUGGAAAAAGAGGAUCGUAGUAAGGUGUGGGCCUACUUCACUAAAGAUCCAUCCGGUGAUGUCAUCUGCAGCAUCUGCUCAUCUUCAGUAGUACUUUCUUUUCAACAGGUGGUGCUGGUUAAAGAAGAAGCUCUAGAAGAACAUAGCACUGGUGUCAACCAGGAGGACUUAGAUUUUCUCCACAUAAAGGAGGAAAAGGAGAAACUCUGGCCCAGUAUGGAAGGGGCGCAUCUCCAUUUGAAGGAGGAGACUGAUGCUGCCAGGUUUCCAUUCACUGUUGCUUCGAUAAAGAGUGAGGAUGAUGAAGAGAAGCCUCUGUUCUCACAGCUUCAUCAGAAGCAAAUAGAAGACAGAGAUGCUUCAACCAGCAGCUUAGCUGACCAGACGACAGCAGAAACUGGUGGAGUAGAAACUAGCCGGAACCCAGAUCUGAACCUUCAUGAACUGACUCCUGAUUCUUCAGAGACUGACGUUGGAGAUGAUGAUGAUGAUGAUGAUGCAACUCUAGACUCUGGGUCUGAAACUGGAGACCGAGACAAUCACUGGAAUGAGAACAGGUGUUCUGAGUCAGAUUUUAGGACUGUCAACAAAUCUUUUAGUCAUAGGACACUUUUAAACAGUCACAUGAGAGUCCACACAGGACAGAAGCCUGUUGCCUGUGAGUUCUGUAGCAAAAGAUAUAGCCAAAAGACACAUUUAAACACACACAUGCAAGUCCACACAGGAGAGACGCCCUUUGCUUGUGAGCUCUGUGGGAAUAGACUUAGUAAAAAGACAAAUUUAAACACAAACAUGAGAGUCCAUACAGGACAGAAGCCCUUUGCUUGUGAGCUCUGUGGGAAUAGAUUUAGUGAAAAGACAAAUUUAAACCAACACAUGAGAGUCCACACAGGAGAAAAGCCUUUUGCUUGUGAGCUUUGUGGACAAAGAUUUAGCCGGAAAACACAUUUAAACAGUCACAUGAGAGUCCACACAGGAGAGAAGCCUUUUUCCUGUGAGCUCUGCGGACAAAGAUUUAGCCGAAAGACACAUUUAAACAGUCACAUGAGUGUCCAUACAGGACAGAAGAAUUUUGCUUGUGAGCUCUGUGGAAAGAAAUUUAGCUUAAAGUCAACUUUAAACAGACACAUGAGAGUCCACACAGGACAGAAGCCUUUCGCCUGUGAGCUCUGUGGAAAAAGAUUUAGCCAUCAAACAACUUUAAACAGACACAUGAGAGUCCACACAGGACAGAAGCCUUUUGCCUGUAAGCUCUGUGUAAAAAGAUUUAGCCGAAAGACAACUUUAAACAUUCACAUGAGAGUCCACACAGGACAGAAGCCCUUUCCUUGUGAGCUUUGUGGAAAAAGAUUUAGCCAUCAAACAACUUUAAACAGACACAUGAGAGUCCACAGAGGACAGAAGCCCUUUCCUUGUGAGCUCUGUGGGGAUAGAUUUAGCCAUCAGAAAACUUUAAAUAGUCACAUGAGAGUCCACACAGGACAGAAGCCCUUUCCUUGUGAGCUCUGUGGAACGAGAUUUAGCCAAAAGACACAUUUAAACAGUCACAUGAAAGUCCACACAGGACAGAAGCCUUUCGCCUGUGAGUUCUGUUGCAAAAGAUUUAGCGAAAAGACAAAUUUAAACCGUCACAUGAGAGUCCACACAGGACAGAAGCCUUUCGCCUGUGAGCUCUGUGUAAAAAGAUUUAGCCAAAAGACACAUUUAAACAGUCAUAUGAGAGUCCACACAGGACAGUAGUCUUUCGCCUGUGAGCUCUGUGUAAAAAGAUUUAGCGAAAAGACAACUUCAAACAGACACAUGAGAGUCCACACUGGCUUUCCGCCUGUGAGUUCGCUGGAAAAGAUUUAUCCAAAAGAUCAAUUUAAACGGUCACAAAAGAGUCCAUAAAGGAUGGGUGCAUUUUGCUUGUGAGCUCUUUGGACGAAGAUUUAGCUAAAAGAAAACUUUAAAGUAUCAUCUAAGCAUCCACUAGGGCUGAACGAUCUAUUGCAGGGGUCUCCAACAUUUUUUGGUCCGUGAGCUACUUUUACACAAUGAAAGUACAGCAGAGUCACUGCCAUAUGAUUUAUUUACAUUGAUACUUUCCAUGUGUGAAUGUGCUUAUGUUAAACAUGCUAUACUUACUAUAUUAACAUGCAUUGUACUCACAAGUUGAUUUCUCUGUAUUUCAGUAAAUCAGUAUAUAUAUAUUUUUAAAGUAUAAGUAAACUAGUGACAUUCUGAAAACCAAAUUGAACAAAACAUAUUUAGUUUUUUAAACUAAUCAGAUACUUUCAGAUAAUGAAUAACAAAUCUACUUCAUGUGAAUGAUUUGGUAAUUUUUUUAGAAGGUUAGUAACAUAAAUUUUUAAGCACACAGGAACAGCUAACCUGUAAAGCUGAUAUUUUAUAUAAAAUACAAACAAAAUGUGAUGAAGACACAAAAGUCUAAAUAGUUUGAAUUGAAGUGAAAAGUGUACAAUCAGAAAUAAGACUUGUUCCUGCUCUCCUGAUUUACUGAAUAAUUUUUAUGGAUUUUUUUGGUCAUGAAAGUUAAGUUUUGCUGUGUUUAUUGCUGACGAUAUGAAGGUUGGAGGUUUAUCCUUUUUUUCUGCAUCUUGUAGGUUUUUUUCUCCGCAGGUCUGAAGGCUGUGUGUUACACAGAGCAGAGAGACAGGGAGCAAGAGACCAGAACCAAAAGAAAUGAUCACAUCACACCACUCUUAAAAUAUUUACAUUGGCUUUCAGUAACUUACAGGAUUGAUUUCAAAGACCUUUUACUGACUUAAAUCAUUAAAUGGCCAACGACCUCUGUAUAUAGCAGAGAUGUUUGAAACGCAUCACCCUUCAAAAGCACUUAGGUCAGCAGAUAAAUCCCAACUGGUACAACCCAGAGCCCGCACCAAGCACGGAGAGGCUGCCUUUAGCUGCUAUGCAGUCCGUCUCUGGAACGGUCUUCCAAUAGACAUGAAGACCUCUCCCACCAUUUCCAUUUUUAAAUCCAGAUUAAAAACUAAUCUCUUUCAUGAUUCCUUCCAUCAACCUAUCCUUGCAUCUGUGCUCUACUAGGUCUUUUUCUGUGCUGUGUUAAAUAUAUUCUAUAUGUAUUUUAUAUGUAUACCUAUUCUGUGCUGUUUUAUUGUGUAUUGUGUAAUUAAAGUGAAUACUUGUAAUAAAGUGUAGUUAUUGUGUAAAGCAGUAUAUACUAGGAAUGAUUAAUAAAAAUAAAAACUAGAAUUGAACCUGAGUUACAUGGUAAUAACAACUGAAGAACUCAGAAACAACAAUACACUAACUUACUAAGUAAUUACCAUAUAAGUACUAAGUAAUUAGAGGACUGUAAAAGAAAGUGCUACCAAUAAUUUUACUUAAUAUGCUUUUAUUUUUGUGCACUAUGUUCUGUGUCAAUAUACUUUGAUUUUAUUUUACACAACAUGAUGUGACAUUUUAACUAUUUCAUUUCACUUGUCAUGGUUUUAACUAUGUGAAGCACAUUGGGCUACCAUUUUGUGUAUGAAAUGGGCUAUAUAAUAAACUUGUCUUGAGAGCAGGUGUGGCACCAGGCAGUAGCUUGGUGUUACUAUAGCAACCACAAGAUUUGACCAAGCAACUGCUUAGCAACCCUGAUUAUGUUGUAACAAAGAUUGUAUAAAGUUUUUAUAUUAAAUAAUUUAAAGUAUAUAUAUUUAAUCUAACAUAAAAAGUGGUAGUUUUACUUAUAGUUUUGGAGAACAAAUUUCUUGGAAGAACAAAAAAAAGACGUGCCUCACUGGUGCUAUCGCGAGACUUCGAUUUGACCCCAUGCUUUUAGAAGCACUGAGAGCACAUAGCUAUUACAAAGCAGCCCGAUGCAAACAUGGACAAAUAUCUUAUUCCACCCAAACGACCGCGAUUAUCAACGGAGACGGAUGAUGCAGCUACUUCUACCAUUGAAAAGGACCACGCCACGGAUUGUAACAGCAGCGAGGAUCCACGGGUCGAGGAUGAAUGAGAUGAGCACAGAGGAGAACAGGUGCCCGCGCUGUGUGAAGAGACGCGCCCUGACCCGCUUCUAUCUGUCCCAGGCAAAGAAACAAACAACGACUCAACUUUAUCAGAUAUCAGCCAAACCCCUCAUGAAGGACCAUGUCGCCCAAUACUGGUAAAAUACCGGGCUAAAAAGUGCGGCAUACAAAUGCGGUCCUUUAACCGCCGAUGGUGCGAGCAGUAUAGUUGGCUGAAGUACUCGGUCACCAAGGACAAUGUGUUUUGCUUUGCAUGCAGACAUUUUGCUCACCCAGGCCGGCAGUUUCGGAAAGAGACCGUGUUUACCCAGGAUGGGUUCAGCACAUGGGUUAAAGCUACACAGUCAUUCAUAGGCGUCAUUUUAACCGGGGACGCCGGGGACAUGUCCCCAGCAAAGUUUGUGAUUGGCAGCUGUGUCCCCCCCACUUUAAAAAAAGCCUGCUGAUGAGGAUUUUUGUUUUACCAGCUCAGAUCUUAUACCAGGGGUCGGCAACCUGUUCCCAUCAAAGAGCCAUUAUUACCCAUUUCCCACAGUAAAGAAAACACCGCAGCAGCCGCGGCGUUGUGGGCAGGGCCUACCCUCAGACAGCAGAGAGCUGCUUUAACCAGGUGACAGCAGCCGGUACCGGUCGCUCGCAUGGGUGUCGCACCCGUGGGGGAUUCAACACCCACACUUUUCCUUCUGUUUUGCUCAUCUCCACACCAGUCUGGUUUCUUUAUGUCGCACUCACUCUGUUUGCCUCAUCUCCUUCUUCACCUCCCGCUUCUGACAGCCGAUGUCGGGUUUCCAGGAGAGCAGGAGAGGGAGGGACGGAAGAGCUCGACUGAAUUCAUAAUUUUACAUCUUGACAUUAGCUGUACAAAGUCUGAGUUUGAUAAAGUGAAGAACAACAAUUUGCAGAGGUUUAUAACUGGCGCGGCACCAGGUUUUCAUUUUUGGGUGGGCCACGGUAAUUUUGGACGGACCUUCAUAAGCAGUGACUUAGUGAAGCAGGCAGGUCGCGCUAGAAAAUUUAGUUUAAAAAGACGUCAUAAAUGUGUUCCCCCGUCAUUUUAAUUUCUAAAAUAUGAAAUAAAAACUCACAAUUUAAUUUUCAUUCAUUUGUCAUUAAUAUGUAGUCUACACCCGUGCGUUAAGUGGACCAUCUUCCAGUAAAAGCAAAGCAUCCAGCCACCUCUCCAAAUGCGUAAAAUGUGCAUCAGCCGCUAGUUAGGCGCGUCGCGCGCACCAUCAGCUACGUCAGUCCUUGCCCCUGCCUGUUCCUGUCCCUAAUCCAAACCCUCUCUCCUGGUGCUAAUGGCAGAGCCUGUGCCCUUUUGUCAUAGACCUUCUUGUUUUGGUUGACAGCAGCCGCCAUAUUUUUCCUUGCUGUUUCAUAAGCAAAAGACAAUUUUUGGUGGUGGUCUCUAACCCAUCCUCCAAGAUCAUUACAAAGCGAUCCCUGUUCCACUCCUAGGUUAACAUCCACUGGCUGUCUCAAAUGCUGCCCAAACAUUAGGUAUGAUGGAGCGUACCCUGUGGCGCUAUGAACUGUGUUGUUGUAUGCCUGCAACAGUUCGGGGAGGAGUUCUGGCCACCUCUGCUGUCUCUCUGCCUCAAGUGAACGCAACAUAUGCAGUAGUGUCUGGUUCAGUCGUUCAACCCCUCCAUUUCCAGCAGGAUGAUAUGGUGUGGUUUUACUCUUUGUGAUUCCAUAACACCUGCAUAACUGAUACAUUAGUGCAGACUCAAAACUAGCCCCUCUAUCUGAAUGUAGACUGGCAGGACAG